CCUCACAAGCAUGCUCGAGGAUCCGAACCUGGGGCACACCUUCCUCGUCAUUGACGCGCUCGACGAAUGCGUCACAGACCUGCCUCUAUUCCUGGAUUACAUCGUCGCCAAAUCACCCGUGUUUUCGUGCGUCAAGUGGAUUGUCUCAAGUCGCAAUUGGCCGGAUAUCGAAAACUAGCUAAAGACAUAUCUUGGCAACGGAAAGUGGGAGGAGACCGGUUGCUGCGAUGUUUCAGAACAGACGGGACAGGCUGACGGGCGGUGGAGUUGCACCAGGUAGUGGAAACGCAUCCAGGCUUGAUGCGGAUUGGGCUCCCAAGGUUCGCACGCUGGCGGCUAACCGAGACAGUAAUGAUACUACUAUAAGAUUGCUUGCAGGUACAGUACCUGAGGUACUGGGCAGACCUAACGAAUACGAGCUUACACGCCGUGCCGACAGGUAUAAAUGCCUUCCUGAACAGGGCAACUGGGAAGGUAGAGCGGCACGGAGGCCUGGGUACACUAAUCACCUACCUUACGGAUUACACUGAUUAUGCUGUCCUGGGCAUAGCUUCCCCUAAUUAAUAAUUGAACGCUUUCCUUGUAUGUACUAGUAUGUGAGGUAGCUUAAUUAGGUAUGUUUAAUUAC